UUUAAAUGUAGCUACAUUUAAAAUACGCUAAACUUACAGAGAGAAAACUCUGCCAAACAGGCAUGUUAGUAUCCACCUCUGGGGUCCUGCGAGGAGACAUUGCCGCAGAGGAUUCUGGUCUUCUUUCUUUCGAGCCUGGGUUCGUAAUCUGAAGACAUGGGAAAGUGUCGUGGUCUGCGUACAGCCAGAAAGCUGCGUAACCACCGUCGUGAGCAGAGAUGGCACGAUAAACAGUACAAAAAGGCCCAUCUCGGCACUGCCCUGAAGGCUAACCCCUUCGGAGGCGCUUCCCACGCCAAGGGAAUUGUACUUGAGAAAGUUGGUGUUGAAGCUAAGCAACCCAACUCCGCCAUUAGGAAGUGUGUCAGGGUCCAGCUCAUCAAGAACGGCAAGAAGAUCACCGCCUUUGUCCCCAAUGAUGGUUGCUUGAACUUCAUCGAGGAAAAUGACGAGGUUCUUGUGGCAGGAUUCGGGCGUAAGGGACACGCCGUCGGUGAUAUCCCUGGUGUACGUUUCAAGGUGGUCAAAGUGGCUAAUGUCUCCCUGCUGGCCCUCUACAAAGGCAAGAAGGAGAGACCCAGAUCUUAAGACAGUUCUGAUGGGGAAAUCAAUAAAAUGUUUUCACAAUUUCA